AUGUUUUGGCAGGAUACCUUUGUCGUGUAUAUCAGGCGCUAUCUGCCAUGUUUUUUUCAUGCUAGUGAAUCACCCCGGCUUAACUCAUUUAUAGUCGGAUUAGCGGCAGGCUCUAUCAGUGGUUGCACGCUGAAUGUAUUACAGGCAAUAAAGUUUCGUAUGUGGAGUUUAGACUCGAAGCGCUCUUCUUUUUUCAGAACAGCAUGGCACAUGUACCGAGAGGGCGGGGUGUUGGUUUUUUUUCGUGGCUGUGUUUCGACCAUCGCGCGGGAUAGCGUAUUUGGAGUGGUCUACGAAACGACGCGGAAUGUCAAUAUCUUGCAAAAAAUUAAUGACCGAUACCUUAAUGGUCUCUUCGGUUUUCAUAUGUCGUCCCAUAAAAGUGUAGGGAUGAAAAUUUCAGCAAGUAAAGAAAAGGCCUCAGAAAUGACUGGCCCCACAUCUCCCGUAUCACAGACAGACACUCGGGACAAGAAGCAAUUGUCUCUACAAAAGGAGGAGGAGGGCCCAAGGCGUAGUGAGACGGGUUUUCUUUCAAAUAUGAUAGCAGCUACUAUGGCCUCAAUUAUUUCUUCACCGUUUAAUUAUGUACGUUCUGUUGUCUACGGGACCCCACCGCGUGCCGCCCCACUCAGCUACAAAAUGCUUCACCGUUCUUUUUUAAUACAAUUACUCUAUGUUUACCGUAAAGGUGAGAGCUACAUCGAAAAACACACUUCGCCAAAUUGCAUGAAGAUAGGGUACGAUGGCAGAGUGGUUCCAGUUGUGCAUUUUCAUUCCCUGGAGUCCUCACCAGCGCGACUACGUCCUAUUUUGAAUCAAUUCUUCUUUUCGAGGGAGUGGAUAUUAUCCUGGACUAACUUUCAUCACCCCAUGGCAGCAUGCCAAUGGGCGAGUAGCCGAUUAAAUAUCGGGUGGGGUUCCAUACGCGUGGGUUUAGGUAUGGCCAUUGGCCAAGGUACAUUUCACUUGAUACAGGAUAGUAUUCUAAAAUUGAAUCAUAUUGUACACUAA